AUGAGUGCGCUAGUGAAUAGUGUUAGCGCCUCGCGUUUGCUUCCUAGAGCGGAUUCCACUUCCGACUCCAAGAGCUCAUCGUCGAGCUCGUCGUCGAGCUCCUCUUCAUCAAAAUGCCAUGGCUCUGAUUGCCAUAAACCUUCUGAUGAUUCUCAAUCGUAUGCGGUGGCUAUCGCUGUUGUCGUGCCCGUGUUUGUUGUGUGCUUGAUUCUAGCAUUCGUUUUCUACAAGGUUUGGAAACGCGGAAAGAAAGAGGCAAUUGAAGAUAAUGAUCCAGAUUUUGAUGGCGAUGGUGAUUAUCUCCCGCCUGGUGACCACCUAGCAAAAUUCGGGGAGCGCAGUGAGCCAGGAACGUUUUCGGAUAGCAAUUUCGACGAACUAGAACUUAAAAGCCAGAACCGGGCAGCCCCGUCGAAUCCGUACACUCCAACUAAUGCUGCCUUCCCGCUAAAUCCCUUCCAGUUGCCGCAUGGCGAUGACGCAGAUGAACUCAGAUCGUUUGCUCGUUCCGUUAACAACCAUGAGAUGGAUGCCUAUAGACUCGCGUCGCGCAAUGUUAGUGAAGCAUCGUUAGUUCAAUCUGAUGGCGCUUUCCAGAGACCCCAAAUUUUAGUUCAAAACGGUCGCAGUCAGUCAUUCACCAGCAGUAAUAUGUUGUCUGUGGAGUCUGCUUCCAAUUAUGCCCCGAAGAAGGCGGAUCAAAUAACGCAGACAAGUGAGAUCGAGGAUUCUACUUCAGAUCUAGAAGAUAGCCCGAUAAAGAGAGCACCAGUUGAUGUCAAACUCGGUUACGUGGCUAAUCCAAUUGGACUGGAUCCGGAGAAAAGCGGGAGAGAAAGCGAGACGUCGGAGAAUUCUGGCAAUGCCGACCCUGACAGUCGCAAUCGAGAAAACAUCAACAAUUUUGAGAACGACGAAAAUGAAGAGGUGUUUUUAACUAGCAAAGAAGAGGAGAACAUCAAAAGAAUGAAAAGCAUAUACGAAGUUUAUUUGGAUCGCAAUGGAACUUUGAGGACAGUUCAGCCUGUCACAGUGGAUGAUUCAGGUGACACAGAGCAUUAUGGUAAUGGUUUCGUUGCAUCUGAAUCGCUUCCGAACGAGGCUAAGGAUACUAUUAACCAAGCCACAGGUUUGCAAAGCAGCUCAGAAUUUCAACAUCCAGAAGCUGGCAGAAGCCUCAAGAAUGAGCAAGUUGCUUUGCAACUGCCACAGGUAGAUGACGAAGGGGCGGCUGGCAGAAGGGCUGUCUCAUCCAUAUAUUCGGAAUUACCUACGGUUCCGCCGCAGUCUGCUCAAUCACAAUACUAUAAUGAACAGCAGCACUACCCACAGAACCAGUACUUUGAUCAAAAUGAGUAUCAAAAUCACGAUUACCAGUCUUACCAUGGUGCUUCGGGUCCACCCCAAUCCUAUCCACAAAUGGGACCCGGGCUACAGCAAUACUAUCAUCCUCAAGUUCUAGAAAAUAUUCAAGAGCUACCCAACCCUUCGAAUCUUCCGUUCUCCUCGUCCACAGCAUCUCUCACAUCUUACAGGAAGACCGGAAAAUCGAAUCUGCAAUUACAGCCCUCUAGUUAUAACGGCACGACUCUGAACCCAAUUGACCACCCAGAGCUCUUUUACAAUCAGACCUCGGGAGUCAACCAUGCGCCGUCGUCGCCCGGUCAACAAGAGAACGCCAGAAGCCAAGUUUUGCCUCAUCACUUGAGGCAGAGCGUGGUCAUGACAAAUCCCGACGAAUUGUCGUUUCCAAAACUACACAAGCCUGCGGGAUCUUUCAGAAAUAUAAGCAGUGCAAACUCUCGAAACAACAGCAUGACGUCGCAGCAUACCUUACAGGAGUACCAUUCGCAAUUGGCUCAUCAAAGAGUAAGUGGCAUCCUGGAUGAUCAUGAUGCGCUUCCACGUCCUCGUAUAGGUGGAAUUCUUCCUCAUAACGGAUCAAAUGAUGAGCUAAGAAAACAGUUGGGCUAUUCUGAUAACUAUAACGUGAAUUAG